AGGAUCCCGAUCAGUUUAGCGGCGUCUCUCAGUCUGUACGGUCGCGUCCGUAACUCGCGUCCGAACCACGCCGAAUCACGUGCGUCCUCGCAGAAAGGGUGAGAGAAAUAAAAGGGACGGGCGAUGUCGGCCUUACCGUCGACCCUCGAACGUGUCACCGCGACGUCGACGUCGAACCGACCCCGAGAUGUGUGAAAGUCCUCCAGGAUUACUGCUGCAGCUGGAUCCAUGAUUGCGGCAAAAUGGUGGAUCGGCAAAAGGCACUACUCAUGGUGUUACUGGCACUGCUGAUUUACCCAAACGACAUCUUCGGAGGCGCUUUUCAGCCCGAAUUUUCCGGCCCUAUCACCAAUCUAACCGUGCCGCUCGGGAGGGACGCCACUUUCACGUGUCUAGUGAAACAUCUAGGAGGCUACAGAGUCGGCUGGGUGAAGGCGGACACGAAGGCGAUUCAGGCGAUACACGACCACGUGAUCACGCACAAUCAGAGGGUGACCGUGUCCCAUAGCGAUCACACCAUGUGGAACCUUCACAUCAAGGGUGUCCAGAGGGAGGACGGUGGGCUCUACAUGUGUCAGAUCAACACGGAUCCCAUGAAGAGUCAGACAGGUAUGCUGACGAUUGUGGAACCACCCGACAUCAUCCCCGAAGGUACAUCGAGCGACAUGAACGUGGGCGAGGGUGGCCAGGUGAAGUUAACGUGCCGGGCUAGAGGCGUACCCGCGCCGCGCGUAUCCUGGCGCCGGGAAGACGGCAAGAACAUUAUAAUUCGGGAGCAGUCUGCAGUAAGCGGCCAGAACCAGAAGUCUUACGUAACUGCUUCCGUGACCGAGUACUUGGGCGAGGACUUGAAGAUAACGAAGAUUUCGCGGAAUGAGAUGGGAGUUUAUCUGUGCAUCGCCAGUAACGGCAUUCCACCCGCGGUCAGCAAACGUAUUUUUAUCAACGUUCAUUUUUCGCCAGUGAUUCACGUGCCCAAUCAGCUGGUCGGCGCGCCCCUGGGAACCGACGUGGUCCUGGAAUGCUACGUCGAAGCGUCCCCGAAGUCGAUCAACUAUUGGGUAAACGACAAGGGCGCGAUGAUAAUAUCCAGCGUCAGGCACGACGUACAGGCGGUGACGAGGUCGCAGUUCGAGGUCCGGAUGACUCUCACCAUCCGGAACCUGCAGAAACACGACGUGGGAACGUACCGGUGUGCAGCCAAAAAUUCCCUCGGCGAUGUCGAGAGCAGUAUUCGAUUAUACGAUAUCGCCGCGCCGGCUAAGACGCAGACGACCUCCGACGACGAGGAGGACGAGUCGGUGUUCGGCUCGGCGGAGGUAGACAAGAUAGACAACAGGCAACUGGCAGUGGACAACACGGUGCACGGACACGUGGGUUCGGCGUCGGUCGCUACGCCGCCCUCCGCAAUCCGUAGCGGCAAGAAACGACCAGUGAUUAACGCGAAAUCGGGCACCGACCCUUGCUCGCGACGGUUCUCCGUCGUCUUGUCGUCAUUGGUGUCACUGAUGGUCGUCUGCCGAAGGUGGUGGUGGUGAGAGACGAGAACGAGCCGAGGAAUCUCAAGGACCGGGUCAAGGCACCGAUUUCACCGACAGCGCAACCACAUUUGGAGAAACGUGUCACUCUAUCGACACUCCACUCCACGACACAAGUUGCUCCGAAGUUGCUUCUGUUGCGGGCUGCUGAGUAAGCCCUGAGAGGGAGAGAUACGUUCGCGACGUGCCUCGUCGUUGACCGGACUUUAGGAUUUAUCUGAGGAUAGAUCCCGGGCUAUUCUUCGAACGCGUGACUCUUUGAUUCCAGCUGAUCAGCGACAGGAAGUCACGUGGAAUGAAGCAUAAGCUCGAAUUUCACGCUCGAUAGCCGUCCUCGCAUAGGAGGAACGAGCGCGAAUUUCGGGCUUCGUUGAGCGUUCAACAGCUUACGACGACAUCACGCAACGAAAACAACUUCGAGAGGGCUUAAAAGUCUCACCGCCACCACCACCACUGCCGCCGACGUAUCGUCUUCCUUGAGUGACUUAUUCGUCAUUCGUAGACCUAAUCAAUGCCGGAAGUUCGUGGAAGGGCUGAGCCAGGUGGGGCUGAAAACGAGGAUGCGCGAUACGGAGUGUAUCUUGAUCGUUGCGACUUAGCGAUUGCAUCGACUGACUGGAAUCAACCGGUGAGUGCUACGUUCAUUAAAUUCUGAGAUAUGAUUUCGGUCAGAACUACUUCCGAUAUUCGAGACAAUGUCCCCGAUUACUUCAUUUUUACAAAAUUGAUUCUGGUAACGCGAUGUAAUCUCAUUUUGCGGCGCAUCGUAUGUCGCCGUUUUAUAUGCCCUCAGCGAGACUGAGAUUAACAUCAACGUCAGUCGAGCAGAGUUGCAAAUCUCGCAAAUUAUGCAAAAAAUGAUCAAUCCUCUCUCUGUUUUAUCAUAUGGUAGAAUACACGUUAUCAAAUGAAAUCAUGCGAAUGCUCGAUCGAUUGAGAUCUCGGCGGACAAGCGACGUUUCGGAUAAACGCGAUAAUUAAUAUAUCACGAAGAAAGAAGCGACGAACGCGAUAGAAUACGAGGGAAGACAACGAGGAGCGGUAGAGACCGAAGGGCAAGAAGAAAAGACAUCUCCAAGUGACGAUAGUCAUCAGAUAACAUUCCACCCGGCUCGGAAAAACCAAGAGAAUGUGUAAGGUAAAAGCACUAAUAUCUGGAUACGAACCUAACUUUGAACAUUCUUACUGCUUUAAUCUUUAAAUACAAAUAUUUAAAUUUUCAACCAAACACAGAUAUAUAUAUAUAUUCUAUGUCGAAAAUUUAAAUAUUCUCGAAAUUUCUUGGAGCGGAAUCUCACUCAAAACGAAUAAGAAGUGACAGCUUCACUUGAGGUAUUUUCUUGAAGAAAUAAUGACAAUACUGUCACUCGAAAUCACAAGAGUGACUGUUUCACUCUAACUUACAGUGGAUUGAGUAUGAGCGAACAUUUCGAUCAAUUAAAGUGAAUAUAUUUCUGUGACGAUGAAAUAUGUCAAUUUUACUUUUUAAUUUCGAAUAGAAAUGUUCACUCAAAGGAUCAGAUUUACUCUAUACGAAUGAAAACUCAUUCGAAUUCGGGUGACUCUGUGGUCACUCCACUUUUCGAGUGAAACCUCACUUCAAGAAAUCUGGACGGUAAUUAAAGACCAAAACAAUAAAAACGUCCAGAAUUAGGUACGUGUCGAGUCAUCGGUACUUUUAUACGGGGAAAAUAUAAUAAAAAUUACAUUACACUUCUUUUUACACAAUGUUUUUGUAAAGCUGGACUACACGGGAAUUGUGCUGUAAGUGAAAAUUAUAGAAAUUAGUAGAUUUGACAAUCUACUUGGUAUAUGAUAUAAAAAAAACAUUCAAAGAAUUGCAAUAACUUUGUAGCAAACAGUCAAACGUGUAACAAUAUUUUGCAGCAACUAAUUCCAAUCGUAAUUCUGUACGAUCCAAAAAGUUGAUUUGUAAUUUUUACUACAAUAUUUUCUCCGUGUACCUUGACUCUUCAGUUUCGGUGGCGUGAUGCAAGUCUACGCGAUGUAUAUAUGUACGUGUAUCAUAUAACGGGCACGCGCUUGCACGUGUAUAUGUGUGCAUACUGACACGUCAGGGUAACUAACACGUUCGUGCCACCUACCCCCUAAUUCUUCCUCCCCCGCCGUUCCGCUCCUUAAUCGCGCGUGAGCGGCGUAACGGUCCCGUAGACAGCCCCUUAUACGAUCGCCGGUGUGUAAUAGAAUAUGUAUCGCGAUUAACGAGUAUCGACAGCUUUAAACGACUCGGAAGUAGCGUGGCCGCCUCGCGUGCGUGCGUGUAUGCGUGCGUCUGUCUCUUGACGGAUCCUCUCGAUCAAUCCCCGGACCAAUCUCGAUUGCGGCCCCGAAGUUGUGUUCGCCAUACGCCCCGAUCGCGGACGCGCGAUCGCGCGCACCUCUACUUCUACUUUCUUUCUGCGCGAAGUUUCCUCUUCCUUCCCCCGUGUUUUGCACGUUGCUGUUUGCCACGUUUGCGGGUCGCUGCUCGAAGGUUUUUCGUGGCCCUGAUUACACAACAGCUCUCGACAGUAAAACUUCGUCGGUGGUCAACGCGGAAUUAAGUGUGACCUUUCGAGAAAGGUUUAUUUCGGAGAGCUCCGCUUUCACCGGAUAUAUCGGCGACCCUCGAUAAAGAAACUCCGCGAUAGCGGCGAGGCGGCGGUGAGUGAUUUUCGAUGACCGGUAGAACUCGAGUGUUCUACUUUCGAAAGAGCGCGGCUUUAGAUAUUAGAAUUCUCCGGUUAAAGUAAAAUCGAAUGAUAUUCAACGGGUAUUUACGUGGGAACUUUAUUCUUUGAGAGCGACCGUCAAGAUCAUAAAACUCUUGGCUUGAUACGAGCUUAAAGUGUGUAAGCGGAAAGUGUCCACUUACAGAAGUUUCUCUUUCCUUAGAAACGAAAAUUCAAUAAUAAAAAUCUCGAUCGUGUACGCUUUGUAAGACAGGGAGAAACUGUUCGUACAAUUCGACGAAGUUAAUAAAUAACGCGUGUAAGGACAGUACAUUUUUAGAUAGUAAAUGAGACCUACGCGCACGGGCAAAACAUAUUUCCCGUUUCCUCCUAUCGAACAAUUUAAUGGCAGGACAAUGAAUCCGCUAUUUUCGCAUUCGCAAAUUUGAUGUGGUAUUUUAAGCUAACGCAGCUGAAUAUUUUUGCGAAUGCAUUGAUUGCCCGUGCAUUUUUAUCUCCGAGGGGACACGAACCUUUAUGUGGUAAACGUGACGUUAAACUUAUUAUUUUGUUCACAACCCCGACACGUAAAAUACAAUUAUCGAGAAAAAUAUGAAACGAAAAUAGCAACUAUAAAGCAACGCUGAUGUUUCCAGCAACAAUUAAUACACAUAAAAAAUACUUGCGACAAUAACAAUGUUUCUAAGGAAAUCUGCGUGGCGCGUGAAAUGCAAUUUGCGGUUAUUUAGGAGCAAUUUAAUCAAAACGCGACGAAUAUCAACGAGAAAUCUCGUCGAUCGCGCGUCCUAUGAUCGGGCACUGAUAUCCGCUCUGAUAUCCGAUUGUUUGUUUCCGGCGAAACAACUAAUAAGUGUUCGAUAAAUCGAUCCUUUUUCUGAUACGCGAGUUGCUCCGGGUAAAUGUGCAGAAAAACACGCGUGUGUGUGUAUGGUAUGUAGUGCUGUGUGUUUGUGUGUGAGAAAGAAAAUAUAAGAGAGAAACAGAGAGAGAGAGAAAGAAAGAAAGAGAAGCUGAGAGAGUAUAUAAGCGAUACUAAUUAUAUUUUUAUAUUUCCAUCCCAUAGCAUGUUUACGUUCCGUAACGAUAGAUUCUUUCAUUACGAUCGGCUUUAUUCAACCAUACCGCACAGUAGCGACGUCGCUACCGUGACGUCCGGUUUUCGCAGCGAUCUCUCUAAUUACACUAAAUGCCGCGCAACAGCGAGCGUCGCGACGUUAAUGGCGUGUGAAAAAUGUUGGCCGAUCCGACUCUGUUUUCGGAUCUGCGUCGUCGGACGCGGUUCCGCAAAGUGGAUCCAGCACGGUCGCGGAAUAAUAAAAUCGAUCGCAUCGGUCUCGCCACGCGCCAGCCUCGCUGUGACAGAGUGUUGUAUUCACUCGCCUAAAUAAAUCGGGCGUUCCCGCGGGCGCAUGGUUUUGGAUUUUUAUAGCGAGCGAAAUUGCGUCUCGUCACGCUUCGCGGUUCGUUAUCAGGACUCGCCGACAGCUCUCGCAGGAGCCAUCGUAUGUGUACACACGUGCCCUGCUAAAAUCUACCCCGUCCUCCCCCACACCGCGAUGCGUUUGAUCUGGUGAUCGCUUCGGCCACACUUAAUUAUUCUUAAGUAUCGGCCGAAUUUCCUUCACGCGCGAAUCGCGCCAAGGGAAAGUAAACUCUUUCACUGUCUUAUCGAAUUACGAAGUCACCGUAAAAUUCUGUAACGAAGUUCCCGCGCUACACGUUUUAGAUCAUUCGCAGUCCUGAACUGACGACAACGACGAAAGGCCGUUUUCAGCGCGAAAAACCAUCGCUAUUAUUGCACAUAAACCGCUUUUGUUUAUCUAAAUGCGAUUGUUUGAUUUUUAUCCUAUUGUUUCGCGUCUUAUUUUUCUUACCACCAAUAGCAGGACUUGUUACAAAAAUUUGUAAAAAUUUAAAAUUCGCUCCCUCGUAAAGGCUGUUUUCAGGGAACCGUUGCAUUCAACGAUCAAUUCAACCGAAACGUUUUGUUCGACGAAAUGUCUAAUAAAACGAGUAGUUUGCUGAGUUAGAGGACGGUUAAUACUGCGGAGGAACUAUUACUUCCCCUCCAUCCCCCUUCCCUACCACACUAUCUAUCCACAUUGCUCCAUUGAAACAUCGCGUCUGAUAAACUUGUCGCUUGCAACGUUUUCGCGAGGAGCCCUUCAAUUAACCAGUGGACCAUCGCGCGUUCGAUGUAAUAUGCAACGUGUCGCAUUCGUCACUCUCCUCUUUCCUCUGCAACCUGUGCGUCGAAAUGGGCAGUCAUAAAAAUAAAACAAAAAAGCUCAGUUCGCACAAAAUGUCCUCAAGCGUCCACGCGAGUGCCAAUGAAUAGUCGCUCUCUCGGCGACCGAAAAACAGCGCGCGAGGAGCGGAGAGAGAGAGAGAGAGAGAGAGAGAGAGAGAGAGAGAAAAUCGCGAAGCUUUUCCCAGCUGCCCGUACGAAUCGCGCUCGUUUGCGACACGCUCGCGGCCCGCUCCCUCUUAUUUCAUCGCACGAAAUCCUCGUUCCAGGACGAUUAUCGUCCCUCUCGAGGACCCGACGCGGGCAACGACGUAGAGGCGGGCCACCUCUCUCUUUCUCUCUCUCUCGGUCACCGUGAGAAAUUAUAAGGGCGAAUCCGCCUUUAAGGACUACGAAGAAGAUCUUAGUUCCACCAUAAAUAAACACAACUGCCCGCGCAGCUGGCGCGGACGUAAUUCAUCGUGAAUUAAUUUAAGGGCCACCACUGCCGCCGCUUCCUCCGCCGCUGCCACCCCUCGACGGCCUCCUCUGCGCUUUCAUUAGAAGGCCCGCGCGCGCGGAGGCCGCGCCAUUUGGCGGCUCUCUCGCUUUAUGCUGAUUUUAUUUCCCUUCUUUCGCGAACUCGAGCAUCUCGGGAGUAAUUGUGCGGUAUUAUUAUCCGCGGGGCGGAUAAGGCGGCGUGAACGGCCGCGUGAGAUACGGCUCCAUCGAACCAGGCGGGAGCCGAAGUGAAGAGGAUUUCACGGCUCGCCGGAGUUCCUACCUCUCGUCGUUCUCAUCUUCACCUCCAGCCUCCAUUUUCAUCGUCGCCGCCACCGCCACCGUCACCGUCGUCGUCGUCGUCGUCGUCGUCGCAAUGCCCGACGACGUCGACGAUUCCUUCGUACGACUUCCAAACGGGUUUACCGUUCCGUUUGAACUACGGCGCCAAGUCGUCCCUGUAAAGUUGCAGCUGCAGCACCCCCUCGCGCCAGUCCACGACCGUCUGCCACUUCGUAUGGCCGGCCGUAGAUUCCGGUCCCGUUUCUCGGCCGUUCGCUUAAUCCCUGCCGGUUACGCUUAUUAAAGUCCCGAGAGGUACGACGUGUAAGCCCGUCGAGGCGGUGCAUACAAGGGGGUAUGGAUAGUUACGUAUGCGCGCUGGUUGCGCGGCGGUUGGUUUAUCGCGCGCUCGCAGUCGGUUCGUUUCUCCGUUCCGACCUGCCGGACCAAGGAUGUAGUUUCAGGAGCGCGCGCUUCAACACGUCGCUGCGAGAAUGGCCGAUGUUGUUCCGCAACACCCAAGUCUCGCUUGGGUGUGUGUGCGCCCGCAAUAUUCCCGCGUCCCAAAGUUACAGAAUAAAGUUCCCGUCAUGAUACCUAUGAAUCACGAUAUAAAUAAGUCAAGAUCGCGGCGAUUCUUUUUUUGAUAUUUCUCAUGGAUUUCUGUCGUGUUGACAAUACUGAACAAUCGGUCUUCGCAUUGGUAUGCCAGCGUUGAUAUAGUUUGACGCUCUAACUGCCGGGCUGUUCACGGAUUUUUCUACGACACAAUUGAACAGCUUGAGAAGUUUGUUUUAUGAGUCUUAAGUGGGUCGAUCGGGAACUGGUGUAAAGUUCCGAAAGCCUUGGAAACGAAGAGAAUUAGCUAACUUCCUUUUUAUCUGCGUGAAUUAUCGUCUCUUCGUAUCGUCCCUUUCGGUCCGCGCGCUGGCACUGCAAAACGAUGACACGUUUCCAUUUAGUUUUUCUUCUCUGUAACGUUCUCGCGAUAUUCCUCAUUGUAUCCGCGCUAUACGAUUUUCCACGUGGCGCAAGGUUUGUCAGUUCCCUCCUUAUUACAUUUACCCGAUAUUGUCCGUAUAUAAGUAUAUUUUUUUGUUUCACGUAGAAGAGUCGAUAUAUAACGUACGAUUUCUGAACUAUGUUCGUUUUUUUUUGUUCUGCUAUAUCCACGCUUAUCUUUUUCAUAGCGCUACUUUUAUUUACUUUAGUUUCGAAGCGCAGCUUGUUGCAGCCGUUAGUUUCUUUGCGCUUAUUGAGUCGUAAAUAACAUCAUAUCUUCCUUAUCGAGCGAAAACACCGUGGCAAAAAAGCCUAAAAAUCCAAAUAUCCGUUCUAGAAUUUUUCACUCUUCCUGCUCUCUUCCUGCUGAGCCCUGCUUCUUCCUCUUGCGAUAGUUUUCAACCUAUCGGCUGCGGAAAACAUCGUGCUAAAUUAAAGUCGCUCGGAAACUAAUCAAGCCUAAGAUAUCGUUUUAAUUCACUUCACUGACCUGUGAAAACGACUGUCGGAACGAAGAAAUGCGACACAUAUUAUCCCUCUCAUAGGUGAAGUUCCAUCGCCAAUCGCUCGUCGCUCUCGCGGACACGACGAGCUUAUGCAAAAUUGCAGAAGCGAGAACCACUCUCCUCGUAGUUGAUCAUAUUGUUGACGAUGACGGAUAACAUCGGAUUGUAGGAGCACUCCUCUCUGUCCCUAAGCCUCUCGCAGAAUUAUAUGAUUCUUCGCGCUUAUUUUUCGACUUUUGCCUUCAACUUCGGCGACGGUCGGUAUCGGGAUACGGUCCGCCGAAAGUGAAAUGUAUUAUGGAUGUACCACGGGAAAAACAUUCUCACGCGAGAGCUGCCGAUGAAUUUUCUGUAGCGCGGGAUAUGGCCGCAAGACAUCCACGAAAUCCCUAAGUCGCCCGCCGUGGAAGUUAUCACUGACAGUUACCUGGCAGCUGUACGUCACUGUCAGUCUCGGCGAGUCCUGCGGCGGCUCAUUCCUUUUGCGCUUCCAGAUAUACUCCUCCAGACUGCAAUAUCAGACAAUACGAGAAAACGGAACUUCGAAUACUAUGUGGGAGAAAAUGCUGUUAGCGGUGUGCAUGAUGCGAGGGAUGAUUUCCUCAACCACUUAAGGACUAUCUAAUCCCCCGCCCCUGCUCCCUCCCUCUUACCCACUAAGCUUUAGGAUCGGUAUCGUAAGUCUACGCUGCGUUAACGUCAAGAGAGACGAAGUAACCUUAUCAGUCGGCAGACUGCCUUCUACUCUACUGGCGUGUCUUCGAUGUGUAGAGACGUAUCAUUGCUGGAAGCGGCAACCCGAGCAAUUUUAACGACCAUGCAUGAGAAAGGAAAUUUGGUUGGAUUAACCGAAUCUCUGGUGAAAUAUGAACGAGUCACAGUUCCGGCUGAAGUUACCAAUUCUGUCCAAGUUAACACAAGUUAGCUAACCAGAAUCUUGUUAACCUGAACAGAAUUCUGGAAAACUUGGAACGAAAUUCUGGCUCGUUCAUAUUUCAUUAGAUAUUUGAUUAAUCCAACCAAAUUUCUUUUUCCGUAUGGAAGAGGUUUUUUCCAGCAGCCAUUUACGUCAAUAUGAUUAGAAAUGCAUUGUCGAAAAUAUUUCAUUUCUGCACUGAAUUUUUUAAAUAUUCUGACUUUCGUGCAGGCUUGCUUGUUUUCUUAUUUUCUAAAAAGAACUUCAGGCAAAUUUCUCUUCGAGCAAGAUGUAAUUGCUUUCUCGAAUAUAAUUUUAGAGACAACCGUCUAUCGUCUCUCCUGACGUUGAUCGCGCACGAAACAACUACUUUCCCAUUGCGUUCUGGUCGACACGAGGUAUACUUUUUGUAAGAUAUAAUACAUACACACACAGAGACUCCUCGACUCAGUUGACGCGAAUACGAGGUGUCCCGCAUGGCUCGCUGCGCGUAUCCUGAGGGAAGUUCCCCUCGCGAGGUGGAAAUGUGCUCUAGGAGAACCUUUCGACGCGCUUGCAUGCUUCUCGAUCGGUGUUCAACUACGGACUAGUUAAACGAAUCGCGUUGUCUUCGUUCACGGUCGAGACCGAUACGAUGUGUACAUUAGGGAGGAAGAAGAAGUUGCAUCCCCGCGUUGUUACAUGGGACAAUCGUUCCGCGCACGAACGAACUCGGGGGUGGUGCGAGCGCUACCCCGGACGGGCGCUUACCGCUCGCGCCGCGCCGCCGAUUGUUCGACUGUUGACAGUGUAUACCAAACGUAUAAGAGCUAAUCUAUAUUCCUGUAUAAACGAUAAUCGCGGAGUCGUAAUGGCGUUCGAUAUGAUUUCUCGACGGCGUUCUCCUCCUUUCCCCGGUGCGCGAUGUAUAGUGCUCGCAUAAUUUUGUAUGACUGCGACGUGAGCGCGAUCGCCUCGGCUGAGUGAAAACGCGGUCGUGAGAACGUGACGACGACACGUUGAAAAAGCGAAACUGUAUAAAUAUAGUCGUGUAAGAAGGUAGACUUCGGAGAGAAAGAGAGAGUAAUCCUUGUAAAUAAUUGUGAACAUACUUGUAACCAAAGUAUCAUGGCGGAAUAAAGACGAAGCUUCGUGUGUCGCAUAUGA